AUGCAUCCAAAGACACCGCUACAGCCCCAACAGCAACGAAAGCGCACCACCAGCGAUAUGAACGAUGGGAUUGAAUACAACAAAAAGGUCCGAAGAAUCAGCAAGGAAUUUAUGGACAAAGCGAACCCGUCUAGUGUGAAUGAAGCCACAAAUAAUGGUAACGGUUCUGAACAGCCCUCAGAUGACAUCCUCCCAAGUGAUCCUGAUUGCGAUCCUGACCAUCCUAAGAAGAUCACCUUCUCCGACGUCUCCAGUGCCGCGUUCAACAUCAAAAAUGGCGUUCUACGAACUCCCUGUAGUAAAUCAUCAAAUCUAUCGAGGAUGCUUAACAUGGAAUUAUAUUUCAAGAAAGAAUAUCUUCAAGCAACUGGUUCAUUCAAGGAGCGUGGAGCACGAUAUGCUUUAUCAAGACUCACUAAGGAAGAGAGGGAAAUCGGAGUUAUAGCGGCUAGCGCUGGUAACCACGCACUUGCUCUCAGUUAUCAUGGUCAACAGCUGAACAUUCCGGUAACAGUGGUAAUGCCUGUGUUCGCACCGCUGAUGAAAAUCGGAAUGUGUCGUUCGUACGGAGCAACUGUUGUCCUAAAAGGCGACAAUAUCGGAAAGGCAAAAGAGCAUGCAAUGCGACUGGUUAUGGAAAAGAAGUACAAAUACAUAAAUGGCUAUGAUGCUCCAGAUAUCCUAGCGGGACAAGGAACGCUUGGUUUAGAGAUCCUUGAGCAGGUUUGCAGUUUUGAGCCAGUUUUACCAACCAUCAAUUUCCGAGCAAGCAAAAAUACGGUCGUGCCAUCACGAUGA